AGAUUCACGCGCCCCCAGAAGAACAUCCCGCCUCUCCACAGAUUUCGAAGCGCUGCGUUUUUCAUGCUAGAAACUAUCUCCCAGCAGACAAAAGGAGCACAUCAUCAACGAAAACAACACAACUGGAGCAAUGUCGUCUACAAACGUAGCGCGGAUCUACAAAAGUGUGAUCGAGGAUGUCAUCACCGGUGUAAAAGAUGCUUUUCUUGAUGAGGGAGUAGACGAGCAGGUCUUGCAAGAGCUUAAGCAGCUAUGGGAAAAGAAGCUAACGGAAAGCAAAGCCAUUGAGCCUGUCGAACCCCCAGUGCCACUUGUUAAGGUUAACACAACGUCCGCCCCGGCAGCAGCUAAGCAACUCAUUAGCAAAUCGAUAGGAGUAAGCAAAGUAGCAGCAAGCACGCCAAAGGCGGAACCCGGGGUGCUUCAGCCAAUCACAGUUCAACGGAAUCCUCCACCGGUCACGACCGAACAAUUCGCCUUCCCACAGAUGAUUCAGUCAGCUCCGGUGGUCAACCCUCAGAUAAUUCAUUACUCCGGCGCGGGUGUCAAUGUGGGUGGAGCUGUCGGUUCGAUGGCAGCCCCCCAAACGGUAGCAAAUGUCGGAGGCGUUACCGGCCCAAUUACGAUACGGAUGCCAACUGCAUCUACAGCAGGGGCAACAUUGCCCUUAGCGUCCACCACAGGCGCGAUCACUCUCACUCCAGAGAUGACCGCACAGCUUCUGAAUUCAAGUAAUAAUGCGCUCAGCUCAGCACAAAUGCAGGCGAUCCAUAAUGUCAUGCUUACCCGUCAACAGAUCGCGCGGUCUACCGGACAAGCGCAGUACACCAUCACGGUUCCAAUGCAACAGAUGGCAGGUGCUGGCGGACCGGUUACAGCAGGCCCCGUAACGCAAAUGGCUGUCGCUGGCGGUGCUCUAGGAACGCCGGUAACGUUGGCUACAGCUCAACAAUUGCAACAGCAGAUGGCCAACCAGCAACAGGUGGCCGGUGCGACGCAGCAGUUGCGGUUAGGUCGACUUCCGGGUCAGACGGACGGAGCGAUGAUAGACAGCUCGGACUCGAGUGAUUCGUCUGAGGACGAGCGACUGGGAGCCGAAGAAGACGAUAGGGAUGAGCUUGAUGAUGAAGACGAUGAUCGAGCCGAACACGAAGUCGAUGAGGAGCCCCUUAAUUCGGCAGAUGAUGUCAGCGACGAAGAGGUUUCAGAAGUACAGGAAAUUGAUAACGUCGUCGUCUGCCAGUACGACAAGAUAUCACGCAGCCGCAAUCGAUGGAAGUUUAACCUCAAGGAUGGAAUUAUGAAUAUUCAAGGCCGAGAUUAUGUCUUCCAAAAGUCAGUUGGAGAUGCCGAGUGGUAAAUGAAUUCAGUGCGGGCAUCUAUUUGUAUUCACCUCUUGAAGUUGUUUCUUCCGUCGGAGCUAGGCUUUGAGUGGCGAUCAUUGAAUUAUACGGUAGCGAGCUGGCCGAUCCAUGGUUUCAUCAGUUUUCUUGAGAUCUGACAUACUUAUGCGUCCGGAAUUAGCAAUGACGCACGAGGAUAAGCCACUCAUGGGUCGGGAACAAUAUCAAAGCACAAAUGUGCAGUUAUGGCGGAGAGGUCGCUUGUGUAGGAAGCCUCAUAUUGAUCAUAUGUUAUGUAGACGGGAAUGAGACAAAAGCAGGAUAAUGUGGCAUAGAAUUCGUGCGAAUGAGACGUGUAUCAAGAAUAUCCUGAAACACAUUUUCAUGGUAAAACAAGCACGUAAUCACGGCAGGGCUUGGUUGCGAACAAAAGCAAUGUUAGGAUAAAGCUCGUAGGGCCUAUGAAGAUCAUGAGACAUUUUACGAAUAUGACAGGGUUGGAUGAUCAAAAACUACAUCUGUAAAAGAAAAAAAAUUGCAAAUCUUUUCCGUAGCUCUUCUUGGUUCCUGUUGACUGGUCCUAUACCAACACUAUUAAGCAAACUCCUUCAUUAUUCCGCCGUCAAAUCGUUGCUCCAUUUGAUUAGAGGAGGAUCGCAGCGUACGACCAUAUAUACAUUGCAUGCCGAUCCUUCUAAUAUCAACUACAGGCAAGAAAAACGUGUCUGGAGAAAAGUAUUCGGCAUGUAAGUACAGGUAGCUAUAUCUCAAUGCUAAAAACGAGUAUGGAAAAGACAUUCACAAUAAUAAUAUGACAGAAUAAUCAAAGGGUAGGAAAAAAAAGUGACCAACAUAGAAUGACUCGUUAGCGAUAGG